GAAAAUUUACUCAAAGGGCUUCUUGGGAAAUCUAAAAACUACCUCUUCUGGGAGAGCAUAUAAACCCAGAGAGUCUGAGACUGCAGCAGAGGCAUUGGAGACUCCUCUGCCACUUUGGGGCGGCGAGCAGAAUCCUGUGCCACUCCUUCUCACGGGGAGCAAGAGCCCUUCACUGAAAUCCUCCCACCAUGCUGGGGCUGCUGCUGCUGCAGGUGUUGGCCAGCUGCCUCUGGCUGGGACACAGCGAGGUGGUGAACUCCUUUGCAAGCUGUCCUCAGUUCUUCUAUGCAGGGACAACUCCAAAUGAUGCCCUGAAUCCAAAGAACCCAGCCUGGAUCUGUCAGCGCUUCAGGAACUCGUAUCACUAUGCCACCCUGUAUGACAGAGACAGGAGAAUUCCAGUGUACUCUGCUUACAAAUACGAACCUGGAGAUGCCAAGAAACCUCCAGAGUGGUGGAUGGUUGAGCCCCAGCUCAUAGAUAAAAAUAGUCUUCCAGAUAUGGAAAGGGAUUGGAUCCUCAUAGAACAAAAAAAGUUCACCUUAGACCAAAUCAAACAGAGUCAGGCUGUCCUUGAUGACUACAAAGGACUGAAGGAUUUGGACCGUGGCCAUUUGAGCCCCAGUGGCCAUCAGUUGAGUAGAGAGAGCAAGAUGGCUACCUUCACCCUCACCAACAUAGUGCCCCAGGACAGCAGCCUCAACAAUGGUAAGUGGAAUGCCUAUGAACAUAAAACAAUGUCCAAAAAGACCAAGGGCUGUACAACGACCUACGUGAUCACGGGUGCUGUGCCUGGGAACACCUACGUAUCCGAGGAGAGGGUUAACAGACCCAGCCACAUCUGGUCAGCUGCCUGCUGUCUGGUGGAUGAAGAGCCCACGAAGGCUUGGGGGGCCAUCGCUGAGAACGACAAGAAUGAAGUGGAGGAGCUCAGUCUGGGGGAGCUGGAGGAGAGGUUGACUGAUCUGUAUAAGGGAGAGGUUACUCUGUUCAACAAUGCCUGUCCCCGGAAAUAAGCCUCACAUCCUCAGUGGAAGAGGCUCGGUGGCUUUUCCCACGUGUCACAGAAUCACAGAAUGGGUUGCUUUGAUGGGACCUUAAAGCCUCGAUGAUCAUCUCGUUCACACCUACCCGCCAUGGGCAGGGACGCCUUCCACUACACCAGGUUAUUCCAAGCCCUCCCCAGCCCAGCCUUGAACCCUUCCAGGGAUGGGCCAGUCAAAACAUCUCUCAGUAACUUUUACUUGUACCACAGCAUGCUCAUGGUAAUUUACUUCUUUAUAAUAUCCCAUCCAACCCUGCCCUCCAUCAGUGUGAAACCAUUCCGUCUUGCCCUGCACUCUCAGCAGUCUUCUCCAGGCUGAACAUCCCCAGCUCUCUCACCCUCUCUCCAGAGCAGACAUGCUCCAGCCCUUGCAGCACCUUCAUGGCCUCCACUGGACUCCUCUCCAACAGCUUUGUAUCCUUCUUGUGCUGUGGGCCCCAGAGCUGGAGGCAGCACUGCAGGUGGGGUCUCAGCAGAGCAGAGUAGUGGGGCACAAAUGUCCUGUGCAGAGUCUGUGCUGCUUCCUUCUCUGCUGUGUUUGCAGCUCUGUCCCUCAGGGCACCUCCUCCUCUGCUCAAAGGCACAGAGACGUGGGCAGAGCCUCCAGCUGCUUUGCUUUGCUGCCCAUCUCAGGAUUGUGCAGCUGACUUGUCCCUCAUCUCCUUAGCAAGGCUGUGGCACCAGGGCUCCUCAGGUUGCUCAGAGAUCCUGCCUGGAGAUCUCCAUGCCUGGAGAUACCCAAAUGCCAACAAUCCGUGAUUCUGGACAACCUGCUCUAGCUGAUCCUGCUGGAGCCUGGAGUCUGGACUAGAACGUCCUGAAAAGUCCCUCCAAAACACAACAAUUCUGUGAUUCUGUGAUCCUGGUAUAUUCCUUUGCUUGCUUGCUUUGGAAACUGCACCUUGAGAGCAGCAGCUCUUGUAUCAGACAGGCAGGCUUUGGCAUCAGAGACAUAGAAAGCUUUGAGCAGCCAAAGCUGAAUUCCUGUGAUGCACUCCUUGGACACCUUCAUUCUCUGCUCUGCUUCUGAAGCUUUUCUGCAGAUUGAUGGGAAACUGAUUUGGGGAAAUGUAUUCAGUGCUUGUCAAAGACCAAUGUGUGCCACAUCAUGGAGUUUGCAAGAGCUCACAAUAAAAGUUAUUUGCA